UAAGAUCUCUUCAAUCUCCCCAUCACUUGUUAUUAACAUAUACCUACACCAGUUUCUGUUGCUGUUACAUUUCUUUUGUAUUCAUCGAAACAAACAAACGGAUCAUUAUGAGCUCUGACAGAAACAGUGAUCAUGUAAUCGAACCCGACCGUUUGUUCUGGCAAAACACGGCUUCUUACAAUGGCAGCAGCAAGAUUUUACUCGUAACCAUCGUAGCUUUCUCUAUUAUUAUCAUCAUCGUCUUUACUUAUCAUCUAUACGAAAGAUUCAUCCUCCGCCGCCGUAGAUCCACCUUCCAAGGCCGCUCUUUCACAGUUGUUACUCAGCCGCCCAAACGUGGCCUCGGCAAAGUUGCCAUUGCUUCUCUCCCUACAUUUGUGGUUGGAGUCAACGGUGAUGACGUACCAGCUACGGAAUGUGCGGUGUGCCUAGCCUUGUUGGAGGAGAAAGAUACGGCGAGGAUGUUACCGAACUGCAAGCAUGUUUUCCAUAUGACAUGCGUUGACACAUGGCUCACCACACACUCUACUUGCCCCAUUUGUAGAACUGAAGUCGAGCCGAGUCAAAGGCUUGAGCCUGAGCCAAGAGAAGGGCCAGUUGGUGACGGUGCAUCUUCCUCGGAGUACAAGAGUAGCGGGUCAACGGUUGUGCGGUUAGAUUCGUUUCGGAGGAUUUUGACAAGGGAAAGAUCUUUGGACAGGAACGAUCAUUCUCGCGUUGACCAAGAUCGUGUAGUAGAUCUUGAAAGACAAUGAAUAAUAAGUACUCUUGUUCACGUUACAAUAGUACUCUUGUUCUUUUAUAAUUUCAAUCUUCUUACUAAAAUCUUUUGUAUGUUACUGUACAAAAUACACAUUAGUUCAAAAAGCUAGUGUUUUAACGUGUGAAAAGAAAAUAAUAAGUGUUGAACUUGUAAAAUAUAAUUCAGACAACUUGAGCCGUGCUAAAGAACUUUCAAAGCAUUGGCUUGGGCAGCAUUUUUUUUUAUGAUUGUA